CUUUCUCGUCCCAUCACACCUUCCUCUCUCAGAGAAAAAAAGAAACCCUUCCAAUUCCUCUGUCUCUCUCUUCAAUCACUCUGUUUCCUCCCCUGUUUUCCCCUGUUUUUCCUCCCUCGGCUCAAAGUUACCAAAACUCACUCAAAUUCAAAAACCUUCCCCCAAAAAUUCCCCCCUGAUUAAAAACAAUGCACGCCAAGACCGAUUCAGAAGGCACGAGCGUCGACACGACGUGGCCGCCGCGCUCUCCUCCCCGCCGGCCGGUCUACUACGUCCAGAGCCCGUCCAACCACGACGUCGAGAAGAUGUCCUAUGACGGCUCCAGCCCCGCGGGUUCCCCGCCCCACCAUUUCUACCACUGCUCCCCAAUCCACCACUCCCGCGAGUCCUCCACUUCCCGAUUCUCCGCCUCGCUGAAAAACCCGCGCAGCCUCUCCGCCUGGAAGCACGUCCAGCUCAACGGCCACCGCCGCGCCGGCCUCGACGACGACGAUGACGACGACGGAGAUGAGUUCGUUGCCGGAGGCGAUCGUGGGUUCGGCUCGAGCCGGUACAAUUCCGUCAGGGUUUACAUCCUCGGGCUCUGUUUCUUCGUCCUGCUCUUCACUCUGUUCUGUUUGAUCCUCUGGGGAACGAGCAAGUCGUACGCCCCCAAAAUUUCCGUCAAGAGCAUGGUGUUCGAGAAUUUUAAUGUACAAGCAGGGAAUGACGGAUCAGGGGUGCCAACAGACAUGCUCUCGUUGAACUCAACGGUCAAGAUCCACUACAGGAACCCAGGAACCUUCUUCGCCGUACACGUCACCUCCACCCCUCUCGAGCUCCACUACUUCCAGCUCAAGCUCGCUUCUGGCCAGAUGAAGAAGUUCUCUCAGCCGAGGAAGAGCGGCCGGACGGUGAUCACCGUCGUCAACGCACACCAGGUGCCGAUGUACGGCGGGGUGCCGGUGCUGGCAAACGCCUACACCAACAUGGGCAGAGUCGCCGUCCCUCUCAACCUGACCUUCACCGUGAGGUCCAGAGCUUACAUUUUAGGGAGGCUGGUGAAGUCCAAGUUCUACACCAAGGUCCGGUGCCGCCUCACCCUCCAUGGGAAUCAUCUUGGGACGCCACACAAUUUGACGAAUGCUUGCUUUUACGGUUGAUGAACAUAUAGACGUGUCAUGGUAAUGGUGCAUUGCUAUUGAUGUUGAUUUUUGUGGGUAUGUAGAUGUUUUGUUGGUUGGUGUAAAUUGCAAUUUUGGUUUUGGGUUUAGUGGAAGGUUUUGGUGGAAGUGGAAAUUUGGACUUCUAGAUCACUCAAUCAUCUCUUUAUAGGAACUAGUAACUAACAUCUAGAAU